ACCCUCUCCUCUGGUCUUUUAAACUCCUAGGUGGCUGGCUGCAGAGUAGGAGCUGCAGCCUCAGAACUGGGCAUGCUCAGUGAUAGCUCGGGCAGGUUUCGGAUGCCAGCAGCCAAAUCAAGAGUCUAAACCUGUGGCUCCUGUCUGGCUGCUUGCCUCAGGCACUCAGGGUUCCCUACCCGGAGUGAACUGGAGCGGGAGUGGGUGGCUUAAGGGGGAGUGAAGAUAGGGGAUUUAGUAGGGAGUGGAGAUGACUGGCCUGGAUCUUCUCUGAUUCCUCUAUAACAACGACCAGUGCACGGCCGAGGGGCCCGUCCAGCUGUGAGCCUCUGGUCGGUCACUCCAGUCCUUCUUGGCAGACGGUUCUCCCUUUCUGGUUCGCCUGGAGCGAAGCAGCGCAGCUAUGGAGCUGGCGGGGAGGCUCCAGGGACUGCUUCUUCUCAUCCACCUCAUCCUCAUGCCAAUCUCGGGAGGAGAUUAUACUGACAUGGGACAAGACAAAAAAUCACACUUGACAACAACAGGACCUCCUUCAGAGAUUUUGUCACCCAACUACAAAGAAUCUGAUGCCUCUCCAACUAGAAUGGACAUUGCUAGCCCAGAGGUUACUCCAAUGCUGUCUGGGAAUCCACACAGAAGACAUGCAGAGAUGCCUGGGGCAGUAUCUGAAAAUGUGAUCUCAUCUCUUGCUUUUAAGCACACAAUAGGUCAUGUAAUACUUUCUGAGCAUAAAGAUGUCAAAUUCAAUUGCUCAAUCAGUGUGCCCAAUACAUACCUAGACACUGCAGUUAUCUCUUGGUGGAAAGAUGGAAAGGAGCUCCUGGGGGCUCAUCAUGUAAUCACACACUUUUACCCAGAUGAUGAAUUUACAGCAAUUAUUGCACCUUUCAGCAUAAACAAUGUACAACGCCCUGAUAAUGGGUCCUACUUUUGCAAAUUAAGAAUCAACAGUGAUGAAAUUGUGUCUGAGCCCAUCUACAUUGAAGUACAAGGACUUCCUUACUUCAUUAAACACCCAGAGAGCAUAAAUGUUAGUAAAAACACAGCCUUCAACCUCACCUGUCAGGCAGUGGGACCUCCUGAACCUGUUAGCAUUUUUUGGAUUCGAAAUAGCAGCCGUAUUAAUGACAAGCCAGAAAAAUCUCCUUCUGUUCUAACUGUCUCUGGUCUUACUGAAGCAGCAACAUUUAGUUGUGAAGCUCACAAUGAUAAGGGAUUGACUGUGUCCAAGGAAGGACAGGUUAAUAUAAAAGCCAUUCCCUCUGCUCCAAAUGAAGUCAUCAUCAAGAAUAAGACUGCCCAUACCCUCCUGAUCUCUUGGGUGCCAGGCUUUGAUGGUUAUUCCCCCUUUAUCAACUGCAGUGUUCAUGUCAAGGAAGUCAGUCCGUUGACUAAUGCAUCAGUCAUAAUCUUUAAUACCUCUGCGUCACCUCAUCUGUAUCAAAUUCAGCAGCUGCAGGCUUUAGCUAAUUAUAGCAUUGGGGUUUCCUGCAUGAAUGAAGUAGGCUGGUCUCAAGUGAGCCCUUGGAUUCUGGCCAGUACAACUGAAGGAGCUCCAUCAGCAUCACCUCUGAAUGUUACAGUAUUUCUGAAUAGUUCCAGUAAUAAUUUAGAAGUAAGAUGGAAAAAACCUCCACUUAAGCGCCAGGAUGGUGAACUGAUGGGCUAUACGAUAUCGUACAUGUGGCAGGGUGUGGAGUCAUUUGAAUAUUCUGAAGAAGUGGACCAGAAUGACAGCUUUGCUCUUCUUUCUGUGUUAGCUACUAAUACUACAUGUACAGUGAAGAUUGCUGUUGUCACUAAGGGAGGAAUUGGACCUUUCAGUGACCCAGUGAAUGUGUUCAUUCCACCUAAUGGCAUGAUAGACUUGGCUCCUUCUUCAACUCCAGCACCAGGGAAUACAGACCCAAUCAUAAUUAUUCUUGGAUGUCUUUGUGGAAUUAUUCUUAUUGGGCUAAUUCUUUAUAUAUCUCUAGCUAUUAGAAAGAGAUUACAAGAAACAAAAUUUGGGAGUGCCUUCAGAGAAGAGGCUUCAGAAUUGGUUGUAAAUUAUAAAGCAAAGAAGUCUUUCUCUCGACGAGCUAUUGAACUCACCCUGAGCAGUUUGGGGGUCAGUGAAGAAUUACAGAAUAAAUUGGAAGAUGUUGUAAUUGACCGGAACCUCUUGACUCUUGGAAAAAUUCUGGGUGAAGGAGAGUUUGGUUCUGUAAUGGAAGGAAAUCUUAAUGAACAGGAUGGAACAUCUCAGAAAGUAGCAGUAAAAACCAUGAAGUUGGACAACUUUUCCCAGAGUGAGAUAGAAGAAUUUCUCAGUGAAGCAGCAUGCAUGAAAGACUUUGACCAUCCCAAUGUCAUCACACUCUUAGGUGUAUGUUUAGAAAUGAGUUCUCAGCGCAUUCCAAAGCCAAUGGUUAUUCUACCCUUCAUGAAAUAUGGUGAUUUGCAUACCUACCUGCUUUACUCACGAUUGGAAACAGGACCAAAGCAUGUACCCCUGCAGACCCUACUGAAAUUCAUGGUAGAUAUUGCAUUGGGAAUGGAGUAUCUGAGCAACAGGAAUUUUCUUCAUCGAGAUCUAGCUGCCCGAAAUUGCAUGUUGCGGGAUGAUAUGACUGUGUGUGUGGCUGAUUUUGGUCUCUCUAAGAAAAUUUACAGUGGUGAUUAUUACCGGCAAGGUCGUAUAGCCAAGAUGCCUGUGAAGUGGAUUGCCAUAGAGAGCCUUGCUGAUCGUGUCUACACAAGCAAAAGUGAUGUGUGGGCCUUUGGAGUGACCAUGUGGGAGAUAGCCACCCGAGGGAUGACUCCAUAUCCUGGGGUCCAGAAUCAUGAAAUCUAUGACUAUCUUAUUCAUGGCCACCGACUGAAGCAGCCUGAUGACUGUUUGGAUGAACUGUAUGAAAUAAUGAGCUCUUGCUGGAGAGUUAAUCCUUUGGACCGACCAACCUUCUCAGAGUUAAAACUCAGACUAGAAAAGCUCUUGGAAAGUUUGCUUGAUGGCCAGGAAAAAGCAGAUGUAAUUUAUAUUAAUACACGACUGUUGGAGGACUAUGAAGGAAUGGCAGAGGAUCCUAUGUUCACUCAGAUGGAAAUGGACAUUGAUCCCAAUUAUAUCAUUGCCUCCUGCACUCCCAAGCCUGACUCUAGUGUAGUCACAGUAGAAAUGCAUGAGAAUCAUCUUAAUGAAGAAAGAUAUAUCCUGAAUGGAUUAAGUGAAGAAUGGGAAAUGCUUCCUUUGACUGCUCCCACAUCAGUGACUCCUGAACAGAUGAACACAGUUUUAUUGGAGGACAAAGUUUUGAGGAAUGGGGCAACAUGGUCACAGUCUAGCACUCUGCCUAUGAGUAGUACCUUACAUGAUGAACUGUUGUACGCAGAUGAUUCUUCAGAAGACUCUGAGGUUCUGAUGUGAAAGAGGAUGGUGAUAAGACUUGAAGGGAAUGAUAGGGUUCUAGAUGAGAAAGAUCUACAGAUGAUUUAUUCUUUUAUUAUUUACUUGGUUUUUCACCAAGUAAAUAGUCUAGUUCCAAAGUGCCAUUUGGAAGUUGACUAGUUAAGUAGCUAUUAAAAAUUCAUAAUAUAUAUUUGUAAAUAAAGAAAUAUGUGUGUAUAGAAAGAGUUGCAAAGAUUAUAUUUUAUUAAAAGAUGAUCUAUUUUAUUUCACCAUAUCUUGUAGAUAUGAACAUUUAGGUUUAAAUAGUUUUAUCUUGCCAACAUUGGUUUCUUAUUCACAUCAUGUAUAAAGAUUUUAAAAAGCUGUUAAUGUUUUCCUUUUUUCUUUUUGUAAAUUAAUAAUGAAUAAAUUUGCACAGUGAAAUUUUAAA